GUCAGGUAAGAAAGUCACACAAAAAUUCCAGGAAAGUCCUAAUGUAGCCUGGCAAAACAAAGUUUCCACUACCCAAACCUGCUAAUGGUAUUAACAGAGAGAUCAGCAGCAUGUUCGCUGCCCCUUCAGAGGAAAGAUCCCAUGAUGGAGCUUCUCAUACCUGUGGUGAAAACGUUACUAAGCCAAGAUCCAAGGUUAAGAAAAAGGCCACCUCCCCCAAAGUAACUUUACCACCUCUAUGCCGGGAGCCACCUUCUCUCUCAGCAGCCUUUGUGGCCAGGCCUCUGUUCAAUUGCACCCCUGUCCUCAGAAAUGUCCCCUUUGAUAGACCUUUAUCUGUUGUGGAGCUCCCUCAUCUUAUAGCCCAUGUAGGACCUGGAAAAGCUGCAGAUGACACAAAAUGGACAGAAGGGCCUCGACUAAUGGCCUCAGCAUUAGGUACCCACAUCCCUAUCAGAACUGCUGAUGAAUCAACAGCACAGAGUCUUACGGGGGAAGAUGAAUCCAUAAAAGUCACAACAUGUAUGGAUAAAAAGAUAACCACUGUGAAAACUGGGAACGUGACCAAACCCAAUAAAGUCCCACUCACUGCCACAGAGUUAGUUCAUAUCUUUGCCAAGAAAAGAGAGCUGGGAGAAUUUGAGUUUUAUUACCUGAAAGAAGUGGAUGGGGACUCUUACAGACCAUAUGACCUGCGAGUGGUCCAUUCCAGUGAAGCUGGAUCUGAGCACUACAUCUUCUCCGCUAAUUCUGUACUGCAUGUCACAGAAAGGGGUUAUGGUGGAGUUGUCAGUCUGGAAGAGUGGCAAAGAGAGUUUACAUUGUGGACAGCUUUGCAGGAGAUCCCGUUUUUCAGGGACUUCAGACUAAGGAAAGCUUUCACAAGGUUGCAUAGAAAUGUGCACAAAGUAAUUUUUCGACGCAAGUGUGAGGAUCUGCAGGGUAUGCUGAUUAUAGCUGUACCUCAAUUCAGAAAUGCUCUUUUUGUGUUCACCAGAAUUGUUGAAGAACUAAAAAGGACACACCGUCUACCCCAGGAAGAGUCUAGAACCUACACAUUGCUGGAAUUCAAGAACAUACUGAUCACCAUGAAUCAAGAGUGUCUGCAGAUGUUGAAGAAGUUAUCACAGUAUCGUGCUGUCAUCCUAAAUGAGGUGAAAGAGAACAGUUACAAGGCACACCAGGAGCUGCAGCUGCACAUGGAAUAUGCUAAAAAGCCAAAUGAAACUCGUGAAUCCAUUCACCUCCACCUGGCUCACCAGAAGGAGCUAAAGAGACAGUUGGCCUCGUCUGAAAGCACCCUCCAGAAAUUGGGCAACUUUGCUGCUCUCAUCAAUCAAAUAAUUACACAGAGUCUCGUCACGAUCAUCAAACAAGAUGUCACUUCUUUCCUCAGCAAUGUUUUGAAGAGGGAGAAAUAUCAGCAGUGCUGUCUCUUCCACACUGAGCUGUGUUUCAGUGCUAGUAGUCAGCUGACUGUGGACCCACCAGUACAUCUGUUCCAAGAAGCAGUGAGUGAAGCACUCCUGACUGUUGGUGACUCUAUAAUUCAGAUGUGUGAUACUUGUGGAUUCUUCCUAGAGGACAGCAACAGUGUCUUCACCUCUACUUUUGAUCAGGAUUUAAACUCUCAAUUCGGCUGUCUUGAACAUCCUACUAUUACAGAGAAGAAUAAGAACAAAGAUGAAAUGACCCCAGAUACCAGAAUGUCUUGCUGUUGGAGAUUGAUUGGAGAUUGGUCAUCUCACUGGCUGGUGGUGCCUAAAAAGCCCUUGCUAAUGGUGCAAGGAAAUAGGGUGCAUGGCCACUACUAUUCCUUUCCCAAGGCCCAGCUUGAGUGGCAGAUCAACAUUAAUGAUGUGACAACACAAGCUGAGAAAGAGCAGGCCAAAAUCAUGCAGGAAGCUGAACUAGAAAUCAAGCAGCUGUGUGAGAGGUACUCAUGGUUGAUAGACAUCCAUUUGUUCAUUGGCCAAUGGGGUCGAGCCUCCUUGGAAUCCAUGAUGGGUCAGCCUGCUUUAGUGUAUGAGGAACACAUACAGAAGAUACGCCAAUGGACCGAAAAAAUCUACACAGUCCCCUCAUCAAUCUCUACCUCCAACCAACUAUUCAUCAUCCAGUGUACCAGUAUAAAGGAAACUCUAUGGCAAAAGCUGAAGUUCAUUGAGGAGGAAGUUCUAGAGCAGCUUGUUGAGCAGAUAAAGCUACACUCAGAAAGCCUCAUUUUGGAUUUGGAGCGGGCUACUGCUGAACUCAAGACAGAACCCGAAGACUUGCGUGACCUCUCAAAAUACGCUCUUAUGGUGAGAGGGUCUGUGAAAAUGUUGGCCGAUGCAGAGAAACGUCUGGAGUACAUACACUCCCUCCAGGACACUAUUUACAUGAACUUUAGGAAGAUGACUGAACAGGAGAUGACUUUGGAAAAAAAGAUGCUGGACAUGUGGGACUGCGUUAUUCCCCUCUUGAAGCAAGCAGAUAGCAUUGUGUGCCACCGUCUCCCUUCAAUGGCUAAUGCACUGAACACAAUGUUCUCAUUUUUGGGGUAUGACCUUAAAAAUGUUGUCUCUAAAAUUACAUCUGGACCAUUCCUUGACCCAACCCAGAAUGCAAAAGAGAUGGUCUCCACACUGAACCACAUGUAUGCACAUGUGCACAGUCUCAUUGCAAAACUGGAACAGCUUAGUACAAACAGUCAAAACCUACAAGAACAUCCAAUGGAUAUGACCAUUUUGACAUCAGAUGUUAAGAAGGCUAAAGCCCGUAAAGACCUGUGGGAGCUGAUAGCUGUAUACACAACAUGGAUGGAAGAAUGGAAACAGCAGUUUUUCAGUGAGGUCUCAGUGUUACAAGUUCAAGGAAAAAUUACCAAGUGGAAGGAGGAAGCUCUAUCUCUAACAAGUAUCAUACCUACCCAUGAUGCUGUGCUGGAGAAGACUUUAGGAAUCCUGGAAACUUUAAACCAUCAGCUUGCAGUCAUGGCUAUGCUGCAGAGCCCCACACUCAAACAUAAACACUGGAAAGCUAUUUUUGAAGGCAUGGGCCUACUGUAUAUCCCGGAGAAGAAGGUGACUGUUGCUGAACUGUUGUCUCAACAACCUGAAGUUGACCAGAAACUAAUUACCAAGAUAUGCUGGGAUGCACAAGCAGAGUAUAACAUGGGAAACACCUUCCAAAAGCUUCGACAGGGAUGGAAAGCUAGACUCUUCCAGUUGGACAAAUUCACUCUCCCUGUUUGGCACCUUUGUGAGCCACAAAAUGGAUUGACAGAGCCAGAGAAGCCCCCAGAGGACACUGUUUCAAAUCUCCAAACUGCCAGUCAACCCGGCUGUAAUGAUGCAAGAUUCACGAUUAUUGGUCUGGAAAUACAUUUUGCUGAGACAGAGAAUGACUUGAUGACUCUGUCCAACAUGUUGAAGUCCCCAUACAGUGUGGACUUGAGGCUAGAGAUGGAAGAUUGGGUGCAGUCACUACAAGAUCUUGGGAAGCUGCUUGACUUAUUUGAAAGAUACCAGAAAAUGUGGGCCUUUCUGACCAAGAUGUUCCAUGAAAACCUCAGUAUUCAGAGAGUGGAUUUGCUGGAACAAUUCCAACCAGUUGAUGAGACAUUUAAGGAAAUUAUACACUCUGUAUUGAAUAAUGCGCGUGUAUUGAACUUUGUUUAUUCCAAGAAGACACAUGACAGAUUUUAUGGCAAUAGCCUUUGCCACAUUCUCAUUGAUGGUCUGUCUAUAAUGGAAGGUAUUUCCAAUCAGAUGGUGGACCUCCUGGAUGGCCUCUGUGAACAGUUUCCAAGGCUCUGUUUCAUGAGUGAAAGGGAAGUGAUACAACUACUCUCCUUUUGCCCAACGCCUUUCACACUGCAAUCCUUUGUACGCAAAUGCUUUAAAGAGGUACACUGGCUUGAAGUGGAUUGUGAAAUACGAUCGCAAACAAGAGAUGUAAAGAGCUGUGGGGCUACAUCUCAAAGCCCCAGACAGAAUGUGAUGGGGUUUUUUGGCAGCUUCCACGAGCACAUUACCUUUCUGUAUCCUUUGGAACCAAAUCUCAAUGCUUUGGUUUGGCUUCGUGUCUUUGAGAAACAAUUAAAGUUGACCAUGGUACACCUCAUGAAACAAUGUUCUGUUGUGCAAAACCAGCUUGAACCAUCCAGUCAAGAUUUGACAUGCUAUGAGAAAGUUGGAGACACGCUGCUCCACAUUGCUGACAGAAGGAAAACCGCACUACCUCUGCUAGACUUGUUGUCUGAAUAUCCUCUUCAGUGUCUGCUGGUGACUGAGGAGGCAGUUUGGUGCAAGGUUGUUCUACAAGCUUUCCAAGAAUCGAGCCCAGUGAAGUUGAGCAACAUAAAAGCAUACAACUCUGCAAAACUGCAAAGUCUUGGCUAUUCAAUAAGGGAUGGAGUCACAGGUGUUAAAAGUGAAUCUCUGGUUUCUAAGUAUAAGAUGAUGUGUCUGCGUGCUUUAGUGCAACUUACAAUGAAUCAUGCACAGCACCUAUCUCGACUCAUGGAGGUACAAAAUGUACCUCUGGAGUCAUCUUUUGAGUGGAUAAGCUUGAUGAAGUAUCAUAUAAACUCAGAAGAUUGGAGUUUGAAGGGCAACAAUGAUCCAACAUGUUAUGUAGAUGUUCUGGGCCAUCAACUCCAAUAUGAUUAUGAGUAUUUUGGUCCAGAAGAUUGGGUGAUGGUGCAUACUCCGUCCACAGAUCGGGCAAUACUGGGGAUUCUCCUUGCUCUGACAAGUUACAGAUGUGGGUUUGUGAGUGGACCUUGCAUAUCUGGAAAAAAAAAGACAGUGAUCCAGUUAGGAAAAGCUCUGGGGCGACAGGUUGUCAGUGUACUGUGUUGUCCAAGCACGAGACCCAGUGUUGUUCAGCGGAUGCUGUUGGGUGCCCUCCAGACUGGAGCAUGGCUUCUGCUGGACUCUGUGGACUUACUUACUCAACGGGUCCUGUCGUCACUGGGACAGCAUCUAGUAGACAUUUACCGAUUCUUCUCUGACUUAACAAGAAAUGAGAAUCAAAGAGUGAAUGAGGGGCCAAAGGACAGGACUGCUGAUGGGGUCACAAGGUGCAAAAACUUUGUUGAUUCCGAAGGCCAUAUGGUGCUUGCAGGGAAAAGCAUUCAUGCCAGUCUAAGCUAUGGAUGUGUUGUUAUCUCAUCAAAAGGAUAUACAUCCGAGGUUCCAGAGGAUCUGAGAUAUGCAACCAGACCAGUUGCAUUAACCCAUCCAGAUUAUAGAAUCAUUGCAGAAGUAAUGUUGACUUCCAUUGGUUUCUCAGAGGCAAUGUCUUUAAGUAGACGUCUAGUGUCCCUCAUCAACCUGGCCAAGGAUUCCCGCUGCCUGCCUGAUUUCAUCAGUGAUGACCUGGGCUGCUAUUUUACUGUCUUGCAAAAGAUCAUCUCCACCUCUGAAAUACACUUACAAGAAAGUAUAAAGCAACGAGAAAUUUCAGAUGGGGCUAAAGGAUCAGCUGAACUGACUGAUCUUACGUCUUCACAAAAUGUGACUGCCGGUGUUGAGAAGGAUAGAAAAGAAACCGAAAAGCCUUCUAGGCUGCACAGUUCUCAUUUGGCAAUUAUACAGGCAUUAAUGGAGGAGACAGCCAUUGUCAAAGCAAUUCUUUCUGUCUUAUUACCAGUUCUUUAUGAGCACAAGAAAGCCUCACAGUUCUAUAUCAUUUUCAAGGAAGAAUUCCCUUUAGCCUGCCAGUUUCCUCUUUCCCAGCAAUGCAUAGAGGAAGAAGAAAAGAACCAACUUCAAGAUGCAAUUACAGAAGAAUUACAAAGAAAAUGGUUUCACACUGAUGCUGAAACAAUUUGCAAUGCUCUUACACUCUACCAGACCAUGAAAUUCUCUCAGGCAGUUAUGCUUAUAGGGCCCUCAGGUAGUGGAAAGACAACCUGUUACUGUGCUCUAGCUGAAGCACUGAAUCAUCUGGCUUCCAAGGCAGUGAAUGUGGAUGCGUUUGAAAAUGACAAUAUGAUUGAAAGAGAUACCACCCAGGCCAAGCCACAGAUCUCUGUCUCAACCUGGAACUCUGUUAACACAGUGGCCUUAUUUCCGAAUGCCAUGUCCUACGAAGAGGUAUUUGGCUAUGUCUGUGAAAAGAAAGGAUGGCAAGAUGGAGCUGUUGCAAAUGUGCUGAGAGAUUCAGAACGAUAUGGACCAAUAAGUUCUCCAAUCUGCAACAAGAACAGUAAUCAGAUGUCCAUAGUGAAAUGGCUGGUAAUGGAUGGGGAGCCUGUGGGGCACCCCAGUUGGUUAGACUACUUAACCACACUUUGCAGUCCCGAGGAGCCAUUUCUCUGCCUGUCAUCAGGUGAAACACUAUCAUCUCAAUCACACUUUAAGCUACUUAUGGAAAUAACUGACCUACGUGAUGCAAGUCCCUCUGCAGUGAGCUGUUGCAGCCACGUUUAUUUCACAGGUACUGAUCUGUGGAAAGCUGUAUGGAAAAGUGAAUUGGAAGCUCUCUCUUCUGAACAGAAAUUGGAUCAAGAAACCCUGAAAGUGUGGACUCGUCUGGCUGAAGAUCUUUUUUCCAGCACUCUUAGUUUGCUCAAGCAACAUGCUUUAAUCUCUGCAAUCCAUAGAAAAGGAGAAACCCUUAUGUAUGGACUGCAAGAAAUCAUGUCAUUCGUUCAGAUCCUACGUGCCCUUCUACAUCAUUUUCGGAAGGAAGUGGAAAAAGCUGAGGCAAUACCAUUUGAUAAAAGAGAUGCAUAUACAGCUGGCACAGAUCCCAAAACCAAACAAGAGCUGCUGCCCAGGAACCUUUUUCUGGUGGCUUAUAUUUGGGGAUUUACAGGACAUCUGCAUCCUCGACACUGGGGACAAUUCGACUUACUAGUGCGUGAAGUGCUGUAUGCUUGCCGAUACAAAAUUGAGAUUCCUGAUGAAGAGAGUGUGUUUGAACACUUUUUUACCACUGACUGCAAGUUUUGCCCCAAGAACACAAUGUUGAUGAAUUCCAUCCCUCCCAAGUAUCAGAAACAUACCUAUCUCCUGAACCUCAUGCUGGAGGCAAACCAACCGGUGCUGCUUGCAGGAGAGCCCUGUUCUGGAAAAACUACUCUGUGCAAAACUUUGCUGAGUUUUGAUAAGCCACAUAUUAGCCUACCAGCCAGUCCACUUCUGAGCUCAAGAGACCUACGCACUAUACUGAAUAACAUCACCUGCCAGAAGAAUUCUAAAGAUACGAUGGGUUUCAUGAAAAAACAGCCACGACUGCUUCUUUUUGUGGAUGAUUUGCAUGAAGCCUCCUGUGAUGUCUUUGGGAAAACCUCAACAGCUCUUGAGACGCUACGCCAAAGUAUAUCAAAGGGAGAGAUUGUAACAUUUGAUACCUACUACCUCAAGUUACUGAGUUCUGCGUCCAUCAGCUACAUGGCUACCAGUUGUCUUUUUGGAUUUGACAAUCACCACAGAAAUGUGAUAUCCUCCAGGCUUUCACGCCUGUUCACAAUCUUUGUGCUCCCUAGCUUAUCUAUGGAUGUUAUAUUGUCUAUCCAUUCUCCUCGGCUAAAGAUCUGGCUUAAAGAUAUGCCAUUUAAGCAUAGUAGUGAGGACAUGGCAAGUUGUAUCAUCACGGCAACUACAAAUCUGUAUCAUGCGGUAUGUAACCAAUUCCAGCCUAAUGCACAGAGGCCCCAUUUCAUAUUUUCCCAGCAUGACCUUCAGAAGGUGUUUUCAGGGAUGUGCCUGUGGCAGCCUAGCAUUCUAAACACAGGGAAAAUGCAGAAAAGGGAAGAUUCACUGCCUGGCUUUCCUCCAGUCCUGCCAGGACCUGCAGCAUCCAUUCUUAACAUAGUGCAUCUUUGGAUGCAUGAGUGCAUGCGUACGUUUAGUGAUAAGCUAUGCUCUGAGGAUGAAAGCAAUACUCUUGUAUCACUGAUAGCCAAGACAGCAAGAACGCAUUAUGGAUUUAGAUUGCUUGAUGAAACCCAGCGUGUUGGUUUCAAUGACCCACCCCCUGUCACAAGCCUUGCUAUUCACAACAUACCUGUGGGCACAGAAGGCACCUUUAAGCCAAUACGUCAGGGUCUAGAUACACUAGAUCUACCUAAAGAACCAAAAGCAGUGGACCAGUCAGACCUAAAGAAAGGAUAUACAUUGACUGAGCUGUCCCUUCUGUCAGAAAACUUUCACUUGGACGAGGCAAGCCCAAAAACUCACCCUCUGCAACCCGAGGUCCUUCAGCAUAUGGAGGGCAUAAUGACUAAGCUUGUUUAUGGCCCUGAGGUCUCUGAGGCCCUAAAGUCAGUGAAUAACCAACAUAAUUUUAGAUGUAGGUUUUCAUAUCACGACCUAGACCUUGAUGCACUCCUGCAGGAGCUCUGUGCACUCAUUGACAGAAAAGAGGAAGACAAGGUUGAUAAUGACUACAACAUUUCAACCAGAUACAUUGUACACAGACAGAGGGUGAGUCAGUUGUUACAUAUCCUCAGGGCAUUGCUUAUACCUGGAGGUCAUGGAGUUCUGAUUGGUUCAGACAGAAGCACAGGUCGUAAAACCACUGUGCGUUUAGCUGCAUAUUUAACAGGCUAUCAGUUGAUAGAGGUACAUCCUGGUAAUGAGAAUAAGUUGCAUGAAAUCCUAAAAGAGGCUGGGAAUCAAACUAGAGUGGAUGGAGUUAAUGUCGUCAUACUAGUCCAUGAAGGAAUUAGCCUGUCUGUCAGAGAAGAACUAUUGGUGGCGAUGGCCCACAGAAUCUACCCAGGACUCCACACGGAAGAGGAGUUAAGAAAUCAUGUUUCCAGAGUGACUGCUGUGAAGAACUCAAGAAAAUACAUUAAGGACAGUUGGAUGUUUGAGAAGUACUUGAGCCAAAUCCACAGAAAUGUACAUGUUUUCCUGUUGCUCCCCCUCACCAUGUCAGAGAGCAGUGAGCUACCUGCCAGCAAUGAAACACAUGGACUAAAUGCACAGCUGACCAAGGCCCUGAACUUCAGUUGCUGUGUGGAGGUGUACCAGCCUUGGUCCAGCCAGUCUUUAGUGGAGGCUGCUGCUCAGUGCCUCAAAUCCAUUGCCCACAAAAUGGAGCAAGAAGGAUCAGUGGACAGCCUGUCUGUGGCUAUGGCAGGAAUUCAUCAAUCUGCUUGUCAGUAUGCUUCUGUCCUUCUAAGAGCUCAGCCGUUCAGCCCUCAGACUUAUAUGGAGUUAAUUGCCCACUUUGACUACCUCUGCAACCAUCUGCACAAGCAACAGCAGAGCCAAGCUAACAGAGUGGCCACAGUUCUGUCUCAUCUGGAUGCCAUAAACAACACAGCUGUGCAGUGCAAACAGCACUUAAAAAAACUGCAAGAGAAGGUUUCUGAGACGCAGCAGCGUGAGGAGAAGCUCCUCGGAGCUGUAGAUUACCAGAGGAGGCUGUUAAAGGAAGCCCAGAAGGCAUGUGUAGUCGAGAAAAACAACUUGUGUCAUCUGGAAGAGCAAAUAAAUCACGCUCAGGAGCAGGAGAGACCUAUGUUUCUGUCAGGCCUGAAGAUUCUUAGUUGUCUGAAUCCAUCUGACCUGGAAGAGGUACGCCACUACAGAGAGCCACCUGAUGGAGUGGUGAAAAUCAUGGAUGCCAUUUGUUUGCUGUUUAAUCGUCCACCAGGCUGGGAGAGCGCUAAACAGCUUCUUGGACAAUCAAACUUUUUUCAGGAAUUGGAAUUUUUUGACCGCUACACUCUGUCACUGUCAAAAGAACAGCUACAGCAGCUCGGCCUGAUAGUUCAUAGUCCCCUAUUUGUGCCAGAGUCUGUGCGAGAGGUGAGCAAGGCCUGUGAGUCCCUGUGUCGAUGGGUCCAGGCUGUAUAUGAGUGCUGCUGUAUGCAACACCAACUGUUGAUCAAGCAACAAUUGGAGGUGCUGGCCAAAGAGACACACAGGAAACUGCAACUAGCCAAGCAGCACAAGGAGGAUGCAUACCGUCAUCUCGAGGAUGUCGAGCUUCAGCUGCAGCUGAUACAAAAGGAACUGGAAGAGCAACUGCUGGCGCUGCACACAACUGAGAACGCAGAAAGAGAAGCUACUGCAGCUGUAGAGCAGUUGGGGAGACAUAUCAAAGACUGGAGGGAUGCUGCACAGGAAGCAGAGUUAAAUAACCAGACUUUACCAGGAGAUGCCCUUAUAUUGGCUGCAAUCAUUGCUUACUUAGGCCCCUUUGGGCCUGAUAUACGUACAGAACUGCUGAGCAAGUGGAGGGAGCUAUGUCAGACAGGACACAUCGACAUAAACCCCACAGACCCCAGAACCUCCCUGUUUACACAGUCUGACACUGCAACUUCCUACCCCAUUCUUGGUUUUCCCAUACUUAUGUCUGAGAGGCUACAGCGGCCUCUGGGUCAGGCAUUAGGAAUGCUCCAGGACUCUCCAUCUGACAGAAUGGUUAAAAAACUGCUGUUGUGGGGCUGCAGGAGUGCCUGGGUUCAGUGCUGGCCUCUACUGGCAGACACCCAGCAACAUCUUGAUAUAAACUCUCAAAGCAUCACAGGAGAGAAGGCCAGCCUUGAGAAGGAAGCACAGUGCGGGAUGGUAGUUUCUGCUGAUGAUCCAGAGCUGUUGGAUAAGGUGGACCAGGCUGCAGAGAAAGGUUUGAGAGUUCUCAUAACUCAUGUGGAACGUGCAAUUUCAAGCCCUCAGUUUUUGGCCAGAUUGGCACGCCCUGAUGGAUGUCCCCUUCCAGGGCUAAAACACCAUUUUCAGCCGACCCACCCUAAAUUCUGCCUCAUCCUUAGCACACAUCUGCCUGUCCGACUGCUUAGUAGUGAGAUCCAUCAAUCCAUCUUGGCUCAAGUACACGUAGUUGACCUCUCUCUGAGCUCACAAGAGAUCCAGGAGCUGAUGCUGACACAGCUGCUGCAGUCUGAAUGUAAAAGCCUGCUGACUCAGCACUUGCAGUUGCAGAAUGACAAGCAGUUGCUACAAGAGAAACUGGUCUCAGAACAGGAUGCACUGAUGGACUACAUCCUGCAGUCUAACACCUCAUUGCUACAGGACCCUGAUUUUCUUCCCUGUGUGGCUGUUCAUCAAAAAGCUAUGAAGAAACUGCAGGCUGAGAUCCAGCAGCUGAGUGAGGAGCUGGAGUACCGCGAGUCCCUUCUGGCUGUGCCCCAACAAUUAAUAAGACUGGCUGCUGCCCUUUACCAGGCUCUGCAGCAGGUGUCUCGUCUUUCUCCUGCCUACUACUUCUCCCUACGUGGCUUCAUCACAGUUAUGCAAGAGGCCUUUACUGAGAAUGGCAGGCCAUUAGAGUCAUGUAACAUUGGGAAAGUGCCAGGGGGAAUAAUACCAGAGGUCACAAACCGGAUGGUAGCCCAGCUGCUGGUGCAAUACAGGCCUUGUCUCAUCAAGAGCCAUGUUGCUGUUCUGAAGCUGCUGGUGUCUGUGGCUCUGCUCCAGCACAACAAACUCUGCACUGAUGCUGAGAGGUUGGCUUUUCUCAGGGGCCUUCAAGACAUAGAGCAUCCUGUCAGUAGAGUGAAAUGCUGUUCGCCUCACCACACUGUAUCACAGUCCACUAGUGCUCUGCCAAGCUGGAUACCACCUCAUAUCCACUCAGAGCUGUUACGCCUGGAGAAAAUCCCAGCCUUCAGGGGGUUGAUCGCUUCUCUCUCCACUUGUCCCAUGCAGUGGCAGGAAUACCUGCACUUCCCUUCCUCCUCUGUAGCAGGGGCUGUUCCAUUUCGCUCUCACUCCCAUCUGUCACUGCUACAGCGGGCUCUGCUCUGGAAGACGAUGCUCCCAGAUUGCCUGGAGGGACUAGCUGAUACCAUGGCCAUCUACCACUUCAACCUUCCUGGACAGACAGCAGAGAAUGAGGCCCCUCACACUGGAAACCCAGAGGCCCUCUUGCGAUAUCUUGUCAAACAUGAGGGACCCAUCAUCCUUACAUUGCCCAGUUCAAAAGAAGAUAAGUGGACAAGCAUUCAGCCUCUUCACUUAAUAAACAAAUUAGCUGGAUGUGCAGCACAAACAAAUGAGGUUCAGGUGAAAGUCAUUUCUUUUGGGGCUCUAUGUAACACAAAGGCCAUUCUCUCAAUGCUGGACAAAGCUGUUCAUGAUGGCCACUGGUUGGUAUUUAACAACUGUCACCUGUUGGAACAAUGGGAUGACAAAGUAGUGACCCACCUCAGUCAGUUGAUCGCUUUCGGAGAGGAACGAUGCCUGCUUCACCCAUGCUUCCGAUUGUGGUUUAUAACUCAAGAACAUUCAUCAUGCUCCAUACCAGCUGCAGUGCGAAUGUGUGCCCUGCCUCUGGUCUGUGACUCUCCCUGGGAUCUGAAGGAGGAGUUGAGUUUCUCAUUGCAACAGGUGGUGUCCAUCAUACAGUGUCAAUCACUGUCAGGUGUCACAACAGAAAACAUGGAGCUCCUCCUCCGCUGUGCCAUCUUCCACUCUGUGUUACUGCAGAGACAGACCUAUAAAUACUUAGGUCAAGGGAUAAUCUACAAGUGGACUCAGGAAGACCUCUUGGCUUUGAUGGAUGCACACAUUUGCUUUGCUAGUCUCUGCCAUGACAAGACUAAAGCUUUGCAGUAUAUAGCAGUCAAUCUAGUGCACGGUGGUCAUGUACUAGACUCUGCAGAUUUGGAAGUGGUGGAGAGCGUUGCCAAGACCUGCCUCAGUAAAGUGUCACCUCUCCAGGGCAGUGGACCACACAUUCUCUCAAAUAUUAUCAGCAAUCCUGGCCACUUUGAUUUGUCAGUACUACAGCAGAUUUUGGAGCAGGAUCUUCAAGAUGCAGUGAACAUCAAUGACCCCCUUGUACUGGGCUUCAGUUCAGAUGUGGCAGCUAAGACCAUCAAAUUCCAUAGCCACAAUUUGAACAUACUAUUGCAGGCCUCACAGACUCCUUUAAGAACAGCAAGGAGUUUAUGCACUGAGCAGCUAGAGCAGCCCGCCACACUGCCAUCUUAUAGCCAUGCCAGAGACAGACUGCAGACCCUGAAGAGUUACCUUGCACAAAAGAAUGACAGCACAGAUAUAAAUGCAGGAUCUGUUUCUCACAGUCCCCUACGUGACUUCCUUCAGGCUGAGUGGGAUGAUCUCAUUGAUUCUGUGUCCUUGCUCCUCUCACAACUCCAACAGCCCGUUCGAUACAACACGCCGACCUUCGCUUCCCUCCUCAAGCUCACUGACUUGUCUCACUUUGAGAGAAGGGCAGAGUUGCUCAGUGCUUAUCUCUGGCACCACGACACUUCAGAUCCUCCUGAUGCCUACCGACUAUCUGCUUUCAGAAAUGCCAGAGGCUUUCUGGUGGCAGUGAUGAGACAGGCUGCUCAAGUGAAUCUCAAAUAUAUCAGCGAUAUAUCCCUGCACUUUCAGGUUCUGAGUGAAGGUACAGACGCAGCCUCAUUUCCUCUGAAUGCUGUGUAUUUGUGUGGCCUGGAGCUAAGAGGAGCAUCUUGGGAUACACAUCUAGGGGCCCUACAGGACACAGUUUCUCUGCAGCCAUGCUCACUGCCCCUUGUUUGUGUCAUGCCUGAAGUCAAGAGCACAAAUACUGAUACCUUCCCUUAUAAAGGAUCACAUUUAAAGGACAGCAGCAAUGUCCAGGUUGCACAAAGUUCUCCACUGAUUGACCCACAGUUACCACUCUAUGAAUGUCCACUCCAUCUUGAUGGAGAGCAGGAAAGUGGAAAAGAGGGACUGGCAGAUGUUAAUAUCAUCACUACGAUUCCCCUUCACACCCAGCUAAAUCCCAUGUUGUGUAGUUUGAGAAGGGUGAGGCUAGUGAGUGUGUUGAAGUGAAACCAACCUGGGUUUACCUGCUGAGAUGCACCAAACUGACAUUUAGAUGCUUUAACUACUUGAUUAAAAGUCUGUAUUAAGACUAUAUGAAGAAUCUUGUAAAUGUAUUUGUACAGUAUAAACUUCACCAAAAUGUAUGUGGCUUGCUGUUGCUGUAUGAUUCCUUUUCAUACUUAAUGUUUUGUAAUGUUUUGAAUUUUCAACUUGAUUAAAUUUUUUACAUGUUUAACAUCAAUUUACUGUAUAGAAUUUUAUAUGAUCCACCUGGUAUCAUUGUUGGGUGUGGUCUUGUGCACACAUAAACACACCUAGCAGUGAUGUCAUAACGUACACCCUGUAGUACACCUUUAUAUCAGCUGGUUUUCAGCUGGUGUUAAGUUCUUUUGAAAGUGGUUAAAAUGUUUAUGU